AAGUGAGAAACACUUCAGGACCUGGUCACUGUAGUGGCCUUCAAAAUGGCGGCGUGUUUUCCUCAGAGAAAUGUAGCAAGGGCAAGUUAAUGGGGUUGCAUUAUGUUUGUAAUGAAACAGGACCCUAAUUCACUUUAUUUCACCACUUCAUAGAUUUACUUCAAUAUUUACUUCAGUACAUCGAACAGUAACGAAACUGGGCAGUAGAAUGCCUUUUUAAUUCAAUCCUUUCCAUACUAUUUACAGCUUCUCUAAUCGUCGACCGGAAGUGCCUGCAAGCUGGCCUUGUGCACGCGCUGAACUCGAGUUCAUUUUGUAUUUGGAUAAGUUUUAUAUCUGUCUUAUAUUAGACUCGCUUUUAAUUUCCAGAAACGGGCGAUGUUCACGAUUCCGGUGCUUUACGUUGCGUUUAAUCUUUUUCUCGCCACGGCUGCGGAUAAAGCUUUAGCAGAGAAAGGGCGCGUGGAGCUACAGAAGCUGCGGGAGUUUGCGGGUCAGACGCGGUAUGGCGCGUGCUGGUCCAGGGCGCUGGAGAAAGUCCAUGCAAACUGUCGGGAUUUCUCCGACGACACGCAGAGUAUGAUGGCUCUGGCCUUCACUCACUGUCACCUGAGAAGGUCUGGACGGAGUUUUCCGGAGUGUCCUGAGGGCAGCGAUGUUAAAACGUGCACUCGCGACAUGGACCCCGUCGCUUUUAAUACCUACACAGAGUUCUUCACCCACGCCCACAGCAUUUGCCACUACCUCCAGAGUGAGCAGUGGCAGCAUCGGGCAGAAAACACCAUCCACAGGCUGACGGAGAGUUCAGCCGGUGUGGCCGAGCAGCUUGCGUCCACCCAGAGGAUGGCUGAGGAUCUAGUGGAGGCCCAAAGUGCUGCUCUGAAAUCUCAGGAAACCAUCCUGCGCAACGGAGAAGAGCUGAAGACCACGCUGCAGCACUCCACAAAGGGUCUGAGGGAUGUGUUUGCUGAGAUGAGGCAUUCUGUUGAGGAGCAGCAGGUGGCGUUUGCCGAGAUCUUUAACCGCGUCGCUUUCCUUCAGAGCUUCAUCAUGUCUGAGUCACACACCCUCAGCUCUCUGUUGUACAAUGCGCUGGGGCUCUGUGCAUCCUUCCUGCUCACCUCUACACGCCGCACCUCAGGAGCGAGGCUUUUUCUGUUCGGGCUGGUGGCUCUGAAUGUGUACCUGGAGCGUCUGAUUUGUAGGACGGUGCUGGAAGAUGAUAAUCCCGGAUAUCAGCAGAUGGAGCGGAUCACCUUUUUGGUCGGGCUUCUCAGGAAGGCCAUGGUGAUGAUCGCCUGCGUUGUUCUGCUGUACUUUUCCUCCCGGUUCCGCAAUGUGAACAGGGAAAGUCUGGAGAUCCUGAAGGAGCUGAAAGAGACUCAAACUAAUCUUAAGCAAACCUUGAGGAAAGCAGAGCGUCUUUCAGGGUAUUUAAAUGACUGGACCGAGCCCAGACAGAAGCAAUGGGGUGGAAAGUGGGAACAAGAAGAGGGGAGCAGUUUGGUCAUUUUGCAUUCUUCUGGCGCCGUAGAGGCCACCUUGCCGUCACUUUCUUCCCUUCACAGGAGCCGGCAGUGUGAGAGCUUUGUUCCACCACUGGAGGCUCCGAGCACCUCAGAGAUCCCAAAGAGAAGGCAGCGUCGUUCUUCAGGCUCCCGUGUGCGUAACUCUUCGGCACUCGUCUACAGCGUGAUAGUGGAGGACAGCCACAACCAGCCGAGGUACAGCCUGAGGAGCAGGAAAUCCUUAUGCGCCCUGGAGCCAAAAGGCGAGAGAGACUGAUACUGAUCUGUCCAGGAGCGUGCGUGUGUGUGUGUGUGUGGGUGUGUGUGUGUGUGUGUGUGUGUGUGUGUGUGGGGCGAGGGAGUGUGACGAGUGACCACAUCUGUGAAAUAUGGAUUCCUUUUAGCUGUUGUGAUCACGUUUCACAUUUUUAUGGAUUUCUUGUGGAUUCGUUUAAUAAAUACGGUUUUAUUAUUAUUA